AUGACGGUAUCCACAGUUGAUGGCCUUCCACCAUGGGAUUCUUCUCCUGAUUCGUCCCUGCAAGUUCGACCAGGCUCUCUGUACAAUAAAACCUCCAUUAGGGCACUCCAACAGCUGAGAUCAUCCACACCCAAUCCUCAAGUCCUACGAUGCUACACACCGCCUUGUAUUGCACAAACUACUCAGUCAAUACGAUCAGCGGCAACGACUUCACACGAACGUCGGAAGCAACGCAGAAUUCGAACCACCUUCACAAAUUCUCAGUUGAAAGAACUGGAAAAAUUGUUUCAAGAAACACACUACCCUGAUAUCUAUACGCGCGAGGAUAUAGCUGUGAGAAUCGAUUUGACAGAGGCCAGAGUACAAGUUUGGUUCCAAAAUAGGAGGGCCAAAUUCAGAAAACUAGAGCGAUCGCAUCAGACGCGAUCGUCGGAUACGCGGGAUUCCAUACCGUCGGCAAUUCAGAGAGCGUCCACUACUUCGGGCGUCGAUCACAACGAAGAGGAUUGUGGAAAGAGCUCAUGCGGUUCCCAACGCUGCAGUGCAUUGUACAAUUCCCACGAGUACUAUACUAGUCCUGAGAUCGUAUCGAAGGGGAUGCAAGAGUAUUCAGAGGGUCACGAGGAACCGAAUAUGUACCCUGCGGCCGAGGUCGCACUGAUGAACUUCCCAGCAUCCAGAAAGCCAUAUCUUGAUUUAUCCAUGGAGGAGAAUGUAAGCCAGUCAGCACAGCUGAAGUGCGGUGCUUUAUCCAACGAAAACAACCUCAGUGCUCCGUUUAACUGUAGCGCUUAUACAUUUAGCAGCCUUCUGGAUAAGUCGAACGCGGACGCUAUGUGCGCUGUGCAACACAGUCCUUAUCACGGUAUACACCCGCUUCAUCGAUUAUCCCAAACAUGCAUGGAAGUUGAUAAAUUGCUUUCAAAAAGACACAGUUACUACCAUGUAUCAUCUAAGAAAGAGGGAAUAAGCAACAAGAAGAAAACGCAAACAGGAAGAUAG